CAGGAAAAAACAGUACAUGCUUCUUGCCCUCGUUUGCAUUUCCAGUAGGGGAAGCUGGUGGCACCGAACGGUAAAAAACCAACUGCUACAUCGCUGCCAUCCCAAAAAUCUCCCUUUCCAUUCUUACACUCUUCCUUUUACCCAAAAACUCAAACCCCAUUUCAUAUUACCAUCCCUUACUGCAUUUUCACAAACCCCAAAUUAAUUUCUUGGCCUUUCUUUAACACCCUACAAUUCAAUGUCCACCUCUUCUCAGGUUCAGGUUGGAUUUUUGGUGCCUGUAAGUGAUUAUUUGGAAGAGGAUGAGAAAAAUUCCAUACCUAAGAUUCCACUUUCAGAAGGGCUUAAUUGGGUGGGCCGCGAUUGCAUUCCAGUUACUGAUAAACGGCUGAGUCGCAAGCAUCUUACUGUCACUGCCACCUCCACUGGCUCCGCUGAUGUCCUCGUGGAAGGAACGAACCCUGUUGUCAUAAGAUUAAAGGGUGAGAGAAAGAAGCUUUUGUCUGGAGAGAGGUGGAAAAUUGAAAGUGGUGAUGUCAUAGAGUUGAUACCUGGCCGUUACCUAUUUAAGUAUGUUAGCACAGCUCCUAAGGAUGAAACUUCAACAAUCAACAAACAAAAAAGGCCUUUCAGUGAAGAAAGUAUUACUGACAAAGGUCAGAUGCAUGGUAAGAAGAAAGCUCGAGAAGUCUUUCAAGAGGAAGCUUCAGAAAAGAACAUGCUGCACAACAAUGGCCAAGAAACAGAAAGCUCUGUGGAGGCGAUACACCAGUUUAGGGUUCCGAAGCGUAAGUUACCGCUCACAUUCAGAUUAAUGAGAGUGCGUGAGCUUCCAGCAUGGGCAAAUACCGAGGCUGUUUCUAUUAAUGAUGUUAUUCAGGGGAAUGUGCUUGUAGCUAUCCUUUCGAAUUACAUGGUGGAUAUGGAUUGGCUACUUUCUGCAUGUCCAGCUCUUAAACGGAUUCCCAAUGUUCUCGUCAUUCAUGGAGAAGGUGAUGGUGUCAUGGAGCAUAUGAAGAGAAGCAAACCGGCAAAUUGGAUUCUGCACAAACCUUCUUUACCAAUUGCGUAUGGAACACACCAUUCAAAAGCCAUGAUUCUUGUCUAUCCAACAGGAGUGAGAGUUAUUGUACAUACUGCAAACUUGAUCUAUGUUGAUUGGAAUAACAAAAGCCAGGGAUUGUGGAUGCAAGAUUUCCCAUGGAAGGAUCAAAACAAUUUGGGCAAGGAUGGCGGAUUUGAAAAUGAUUUGGUUGAUUAUCUAAGUGUGUUAAAGUGGCCGGAAUUUACUGUUAAUAUACCAGCCUUUGGAAGCUGCAAGAUCAAUUCCUUGUUCUUCAAAAGAUUUGAUUACAGUAGUGCAUCGGUUAGGCUAAUUGCAUCUGUGCCUGGAUAUCAUUCAGGUCCGAGUUUGAAGAAGUGGGGUCAUAUGAAGUUACGUACUAUUCUUCAGGAAUGUACUUUUAGCAAAGAAUUUCAGAAAUCUCCUCUUAUUUACCAGUUCUCCUCCCUAGGUUCUUUGGAUGAGAAAUGGUUGGCGGAGCUCGCCUCUUCAAUGUCGGCUGGAGUUUCAGAAGAUAAAAAACCUCUGGGCAUUGGGGAGCCAUUGAUAGUAUGGCCCAGUGUCGAAGAUGUUAGAUGUUCUUUGGAGGUAAUAUUGAACAAGUCUUCUUCUUGGACUAUUACUGGCAUCACUAACUUGACUAUGGAUGUCAAACAUAAGUUAUAGGCAAAAUACAUAAAUUGCCCCUUUAAGUUGUCCACAACAAUCACAUGAACACCUUAACUUGGCAUAUGACCAGACAAACACUUCUAUUUGACACGUGUGUGUCUCGUGAAUACCCGAGUUCAACAAGCCUCAUGUGUGAGUUACACUCGCGGAUGACAUGUCAAACUGACAAAUUAUCAAAUGACAUGUGUAUUUCUUGAAUAUAUUAUAUUGUAUAUUGAAAAAUACUUGUAAUUCUUUAAUUAAAAAAAGAAGAAGAAGACUCCUUUCUCCCUCCCGGUGAAAAAAAAAAGUUGUAUUUCUUCUCCCUUUUAACACCAUAGACGCUGCAACCCCUUUCCACCACUGUAACACAACCAAAACUACCACAAAAGCUCUAACAUUUAACAAUCAUCUCUCUCAAAUGUUCAAUUUCUCCUUACUCAAUCAUCCCCCCUCUUUUGCAGGCGUAAUCACUGCUUUGUUACAUUAAAAAUCCCUCUUUGCUUUGCUUUUGUUAGUUUACAGAUAUGUAGUGUAGUCUUGUCCCACAUUGGAUGAGGAGUAAUAUCUCC